GCGCCAACGCCCGAUCGUCGUCUUCGCGCCGUGUCGCAUGGUGCAGCUCUAGAUUAUUUCACAUGGCAUCGUCCGCUGCAGAGAAAGUCUUGCAAAAGGCGGCCGAGGACGGUUCGCUGGAUGCUGCCGACUGGCCCGACACACUCAAGUAUAUCCUUGAUCGCCUAGACGAGAUAGUCGCUGAUUUUCCCAAGCCGCCCGAAUCAGGCUCCGCCUCCGUACCGCACACACCCUCGAGACAACAGCCGCAAGGCUCGAGCCAGGAGUCUCACUCAGGCGACAAAGAAAAUGCAGCGCCGAAGACGCCGGUCAGGCCUCCUGUGCCAGGGUUCACGAACACGGAAUCGCAACUGCCAUCCGAAGCCGUGACAUUCUACUCUUCAAUACGGAAUGCGCUGUCCACCAAUUUUCCUAAAGGCGCGCCCCACACAAUUCAGAGGCUUGCAGAGCUUGUCCUGGAACCCAAGAGACGGUACAAGUUUCUCAUGUCCUACUUGAAAGCCCUCGACCGCGUGGUCUCUGUCUCCUCCUCUAACACCAUUUUCCCGCUGCCACAGGCUGUCCUCCCUACCGCAACCGGACUCCUUAACGGCACCACAGCUACAAAUGCAACUCAGGCUUCGCUUGGCUCCGAUGAAUCCCUUGGUGGGGCUCUGCUCACACCUAUACCGUGGCUGCAAAAUCGUGGCCAAAACGAGUUGAUCUCCGAGAGCACUGAGAUGGUCGAUGGACCGAAUGGCACUGGCCGGAUAGAAACCGUCACAGUGGGCAUGCUGAGUGGCGCUACUGGCAGCAAUGGAUCACCCCAAGCUACUUCGCCGACUAACUCGAACGGCGUAUCACAGAUCGCGUCAUCGCACCCUGACGGCGAGACAUUACCCUCGACAGGCCCUGUCACGCAAGGCGAGAUAUUACGACAGGAGCAAGAAGCUGGCAUUGUGCUGAACAACCCCCACUCGCUUACAACGAAUUUGAGCCGGAAUACGGUCGGAGAGAUGGAGAGCGGGGGCACCGUCAUGGAUACCGUUGAAGGAGAGGAAGAGCAACCGCAUGCCCGCGGCCCCGAGCUCAUUGGCAUGGAAGACACUGGACCACAGACUCAAUCCUCACGCCUUGACAUCGAGGGUGCAGUAGGCCGGCCAAGUAUCGAUCGCUCAAGCAGAAGCCCGCAGCCUGUUCCUGAACCCAAAGACGAGGAAAUGAAAGACGAAAAUGAGAAAGACGACGAUACGGAAGGGAACAAGGUGCAGGAGGACGACAAGGAUGGUGAUGCAGAAAUGAAGACCCUAGAGUAGGAAGUUCGGGAUCACGCCUGCCUUGUGAACUCCUGCGGAAGGCAUUUAUUCCACUGAACUGUUUCGACACUGGUCCUAGGGCGUUGGGCGCUCUUGGGGUAUACUGGAACUGCGGCGAGUCUUGGCACUGGACGACAGCAUGCUACCCCG